AAUAGUUGGCGCAAUUUGGCACUCAUAGACAGUAGUUGGAGGACAGAACACAUGAAAGCAAAGCUUUGUACUUGGCAGCGGCGACUGUUACAAUAAAACUUUACUGUUCAUUCAUUUUCUCCGUCUCCCUCUUCAACUCAACUCAACUCAACUCAACUCAACUCAACCAAACCAGAACUAAACUCGCCCCAUAUGGAUUCCAGCUCUCCCAAUGGUGACAAAAUAGAUUGUCAAGUUCCUGUAACUCCUGAAGUUGUCAAGGAAAAUGCUGAUUUUGAAUUGCAAUCCCCUCUCACACUCACCGUCGUCAGAAAACAACUUAACCAGACAACCAUUCAUUCUGGCCCUAAGGAUGUUCUUGUCGACUCUUUUGCGGAUACUCGCAAGAAUCUCAAUGAUUCCAGGAGCUCUGUUGUACGCUGUCUUCCUUUCCGUGCUGAUUCUCGUUCCGAUCUCGAUAUCUUUGAAUCACUACACGACAGUCUCUUUCAAUUCAUUCUUUCUAAGCAAAUGGAGGAGAGGCUCCUCACUCCAAUGUCCAAUGUGCAACAAGAUGAAUGUAAAUCGCCUCCUCCCCAGCUCCGUUUCACAGGAAUUGCUCAUACUUGUCCUCCUGCGCCUCGCAAGCUCAAACAUCAACCCAAGGCCAUUCUAAUGGAGCUAUGCAAGAAGCUUGAAUUCUGACUCACUCCAACAGAUUUCUGUACUUGUGCUGCUCAUUUUGAGAUUCUAUGUCUUAUUAAUUUGUAUCUUAGUUAGUUAUUGUUAUUUUUUUGAAUGAUACUAUAAUUUUAGACCAAAUAACUGCAUCUGACCAACCUCAUAUAGAUGGAUGUAGCAGCAGCAUGACCAUCAAUAUUGUAUAACUACACUAAUUACUUUGUGCUAAAUAAAUCAUUCAGAUCCGGUUGAAUUUAA